AUGGAACAUCUGCAUACCUGCAGAUCUGUCCAUUGUGAUCUCGCUGCAAGGAAUUGUAUGUUGGACGCUGAUCUCAACAUAAAGAUUGGUGAUUUUGGAUUGUGUCGACGGGUUAAUGACGAGAGCGAAGCUUAUGAGCCGUCUAUAAAACGUAGAGACGUCCCAUUCCCAUGGAUGGCCCCGGAGGCGAUAGUCUCCGAAAAGGUAAAUUAA